UGUCAGGCCCUGACAUGCGGGAAACACAUCGAUAGCGGGUCAGGUCACGACAGCAAACAACGAAAGUCCAAAGCUCUAGUGGGAACCCAUCGACUGGCCUCGCCUCCAGAUACCAGCUCGAGGUGCCCUGGGACAUGUUCCGAGCACUGGCCAGGGCCACUGCGGCACUGGGGCCCCAGGCAGCGGGCCGGGUGCGCACCAUGGCCUCCCACCAGCUGCUGGUGCCCCCACCGAAGGCCCUCCUCAAGCCCCUGUCCAUCCCCAACCGGCUUCUACUGGGGCCCGGCCCUUCGAACUUGGCCCCGCGCGUGCUGGCGGCUGGGGGGCUGCAGAUGAUCGGACACAUGCACAAGGAGAUGUUCCAGAUAAUGGAUGAGAUCAAGCAGGGCAUCCAGUACGUGUUCCAGACCAAGAACCCCCUAACGCUGGCUGUCAGCGGCUCAGGGCACUGUGCCCUGGAGGCUGCCCUCUUCAACCUCCUGGAGCCGGGGGACUCCUUCCUGGUCGGGGCCAACGGCAUCUGGGGGCAGCGGGCUGCGGACAUCGGGGAGCGCAUUGGAGCCCGAGUGCACCCAAUGAUCAAGGACCCUGGAGGCCACUACACGCUGCAGGAGCUGGAAGAGGGCCUGGUCCGGCACAAGCCAGUGCUGCUGUUUCUGACCCAGGGGGAGUCAUCCAGCGGCGUGCUGCAGCCCCUCGACGGUUAUGGGGAGCUCUGCCACAGGUACAACUGCCUGCUCCUGGUCGAUUCAGUGGCAUCCCUGGGUGGGGCCCCCAUCUACAUGGACCAGCAAGGCAUUGACGUCCUGUACUCAGGCUCCCAGAAGGUCCUGAACUCGCCUCCAGGGACUUCGCUCCUCUCCUUCAGUGAAAAGGCCAAAAAUAAGAUCUACAGUCGGAAGACGAAGCCUGUCUCCUUCUACCUGGACAUGAAGUGGCUUGCCAACAUCUGGGGCUGCGAUGACCAACCCAGGAUAUACCAUCAUACCACCCCAGUCAUCAGCCUGUUCAGCCUGAGAGAGAGCCUGGCCCUCAUCGCGGAACAGGGCCUGGAGAGCAGCUGGCGGCAGCACCGGGAGGUCACUGCAUACCUACACGAGCGCCUGCAGGGACUGGGUCUGCAGCUCUUCGUGAAGGAUCCAGCCAUCCGGCUGCCCACUGUCACCACGGUGGCUGCACCCGCUGGCUAUAAUUGGAGAGACAUCGUCAACUAUGUCAUGGACCAUUUUGACAUCGAGAUCACGGGCGGCCUUGGGCCCUCACUGGGGAAGGUGCUUCGCAUCGGCCUGCUGGGCUGCAAUGCCACCCGGGAGAAUGUGGACCGUGUCAUCCACGCCCUGCAGGAGGCCCUGAAGCACUGCCCCCGGAGCAAGAUGUGACCUGGAGGCCUGUGGCCCAUCCUCCCAGAGGGGUGGGGAUGGGAGACCCAGAGCACACAGACAUCGCCACAUGGCCAGGCCACAGAGGCGAGGCACACCAGAGCCCCAGAUGUCCUUCUCCUCUCCAAGGGGCACCUCCCGGAAGGGGACUAUGUGGGCUCAGGUCCCACAGUACCUCCCAUGAGAGACACAGCCCCCAGGUCCCUGGCCUACCCAGAAUAUUCAAUAAAGAAUCACUAGGCACGGUC